AUAAGUUUUAUGAAUUAGUUAAAAUGUAUAUAUUGUUGAGGAAAGGUUUCAUCUAUUAAAAAAAAAAAAAAGUGAGGAGUGAGACCUCCUUUCUCAAUUAGCGAUCUUUGACGCGAUCCUUCUUCUUCCCCCCUUCUUCCACUCAAGCUUGUUUCUCACUCAGCGGCUGUGAGACAUAAAAUCUCGACGAAGCUGCUAUCCCAGUUUAGCCUAGGCUAACAUUCGUCUUUGUAAGUUUUAGUUAGUUUGUAUAUUGAAUUUGAAAGGAAAAUGUGUGUUUUGUUUUUGGCGAACUUUUUAAUGGUGCUACUGCUAUCCUGUUGAACCUAAUCACACGUGGGAAAAUACAAUUGUACAACGUUUUAAAUGUAUUCAUUUGUAUAUUUAAGCACGAUUUGAGAGCUCAAUAAAUUGAAGAAAAGUACGCCUUGUGUUUGGAGGGUGUUUUUGGGGUUUGCUGGCUGUUUAGCAGAAUACUGUCACUGACACUCACGGCAACAAACAGGGGAAGGGUGAGCACUGCCGCACCAAGCCACUUCGGCUGCAUUUUGGCACAUGAAAAAUAGCGAAUACCGUACUAAGGUAUGACGGAAAAUGUUAGUGGUUUUGAAACCGCGACGUUUUCACACCACGGUAAACCGUGAAACCGGUAACCGGCACAUGUCUAGUCACAACCAUAGUAAUAACCUUGCCGGGAAGUCAAGAAUCACCAUUGGAAGAGGCGAGUAAGAACCUCAAGCUAUUGAUGGGGAAACAGAGAAGGGGUGGAGUUAACAAGCAGCCGGAGGAAGGGAUGGCAAGGGAGGGGUUUGUGUGCGUGUGUGGGCUGAGGCUCCAGUGAAUGAGGAAGCAGCAGAGCCAUUUUUCCUGUUGAGAAACUGCACGUUGGUCUGCCUGCGCUACAGAGAGAGAGGGAAUAAAAGUCGUCCUCCCCGGAGUCUCUCCGGGGUUUCGGCCAGCCUGGCGUCCCUCCCUGCUCGCCGCCGCUUUUCAUUGAAGUUGGGGAGCCCCAGAAGAAGACACAAUGGAGCGGAGAGCCUUUGGCAACUGGGCCGUUGUACUACUGAGAGGGGGAUGGGGUAGAGAGAAGACCGGUUCACACAGCUAACACAGCCUGCCGGCUGGAGGCUUCCGUGGCCUCUCCUCCGCAGCUCUUCCCGUCUCCCGGACUACUUCUUCCCGGAAUAGCCCACCCCCUCCAACCCAAAAGCUCCACUCGUAGGAUUUACUCCUCAUGUUCCGUGGGAUUUUCGGAUACGCGCUGAAGCCACAGGCUUAAAUCUGUGUUCUGGAUGACAGAAAAGGAAAGACAAACUUUCCUAAUCGUUUUUCUAACCCCACUUCGGGGAUUGCCUGGUGUUUCCGUGGUGUGGAAUUUAUUUAAAUGGAUUACAAGAUGCACGCCAAAUCCAACGAUUUGCUGGAUUUCCAAAAACUGGAUGCCCUUCUGGAAAAGAUUGCUCAUUCAGUCUCUGUGAAAAGAGAGUCCAGCGACGAGUGCAAUGGGAUCAGUGGUGCUCUGUCAGUGGAGUCUGUGCCGGGGCCAAGAUUGAACUGGUGCACUGCCAACAGCGCUCCCCCUGCCCCCGCACUGGGGCCAGAGCCCAUGCCCAACCCUGUCAGAAUGGGGGACGGCUUGGACGCAGCGCAGAUGUCGGGCAGCAGCGGCGGCGGCCAGGGGCAGCCCCAGAUCGUCGGUAACCCCCCGCCCCCGGAAUACAUCAACCUUGACAGGCCCAAGCGCCAGACCAAUCAGCUGCAGUACCUACUCAAGGUGGUGGUCAAGUCCCUGUGGAAGCACCAGUUUGCCUGGCCCUUCCAUUCACCAGUGGAUUCCGUCAAACUCAAUCUUCCUGACUACUACACGAUAAUAAAAACUCCUAUGGACAUGGGAACAAUCAAGAAAAGGCUUGAAAACAGCUACUACUGGAAUGCCCAAGAAUGUAUCCAAGACUUCAACAAGAUGUUUACCAACUGCUACAUGUACAAUAAGCCUUCAGAUGACAUAGUCUUAAUGGCUAAAGCGCUAGAGAAGGCUUUCCUCCAAAAGGUCGGCGACAUGCCUCAGGAAGAAAUUGAGAUUGCCGUCAUGACAGGGAAGGGCCGGGGCCGAGGUCGGCGAGACGCUGGCCUCAACUUGAAACCGGGGGCUAUAAUCGACCCUUCGUCCACGACUCCUCAAACGCGGGGCUUGUCGAACCUCUCGGCGACGCCUCAGACCAGAGGACUGGCGCAGGGCCCGCCUUCACUACCUCCUCAGCCUUUAAUGCAGGCCCUCCCGUCCCACGUUCCCCCGACGAUACCGGGCCACCUCGGAGCGCCCUACUCGUUGGGCCAAUUGGAUUGCACUCUUCAAGUUCCCAUGAUGACCUCCGUGCCUCCCCCUGCUCAGACCUCCCUUCCCCCAACGUCGAUUCAGAGCACUGCCCCCAUGCUGCAAAACCCUAUCACCAUGACCAAACAAAGAAAGAGCCAGAAAAGGAAAGCAGACACUACAACCCCUACGGCGAACGACCAGCUCAGCGAGUCUUCCCCUGCCGAGUCCAAGUCGGGGAAGACGCUGCCCAGGCGGGAGAGCACCCGCCCCACCAAAGUGAUCAAAAAAGAAGCGCCGGACUCGCAGCAUCAAGUAGCCAUGGGCUUGGGACUGAGCGGGCCAAGUAGCGGCCACAGCCCCAUCCCGCAAGAUCAACUAGGAUACUGUUCCAGUCUGGUUCGGGAGAUGUUAUCCAAGAAACACACCACGUACGCCUGGCCCUUCUACAAGCCCGUAGACGUGGCUGCGCUAGGCCUGCACGAUUAUCACGACAUCAUCAAGCAUCCUAUGGACCUAAGCACCAUUAAGGCAAAACUGGAGAACAGGCAAUACAGAGAUCCCCAGGAAUUUGCCGCCGAUGUGCGGUUAAUGUUUUCCAACUGCUAUAAGUAUAACCCACCUGACCACGAGGUGGUGGGUAUGGCACGCAAGCUGCAGGACGUAUUUGAGAUGCGCUUCGCCAAGAUGCCCGACGAGCCCGAGACUAAGGUGGUGGCCUCUGUCCAGGCUCCUCCGCUUCACCAUCCCGCCCCUGUUAAACCCCAGCCUCCCGUGGCUCACGUGGCCUCCUCUUCUGACAGCUCCAGCGACUCCUCCUCCGAGUCCGAGUCGUCCACAGACGACUCCGAGGAGGAGCGAGCUCAGCGCUUGGCGGAGCUCCAGGAACAGCUGAAAGCUGUCCACGAGCAGCUGGCGGCCCUUUCCCAGCCUCAAGCCAGCAAACCAAAGAAAAAAGAGAAGGAAAAGAAGGAGAAGAAGAAAGACAAACACAAGAGGAAAAUCGGCAUGCCCAGCCUCGUCGAGGAGAUACACGACGCGGCGCCCGUUUCCCAGCUUUCGAAAAGGACCAAGACCAGUACGAAUAACAACAAAGAGCUUCCCAAGAAGAAAUCCAGUAAAAAAGAGGCAACGAAAAGCAGCCAACCACCCAGCCUUCCGCCUGUUCUCACCCUGGAAGACGACAUUACGGCUUCAUCGGCGGAAAAGUGCAAGCCCAUGACGUACGAAGAGAAAAGGCAACUAAGUCUGGACAUCAACAAGCUUCCCGGUGACAAACUGGGCCGAGUAGUCCACAUCAUUCAGUCCAGAGAGCCCUCGCUGAAAAACUCCAACCCGGACGAAAUCGAGAUCGACUUUGAAACGCUUAAACCUUCCACGCUGCGAGAGCUGGAGCGAUACGUAUCCACGUGCCUUCGCAAGAAAAAGAAAGGUGGAGCUGAGAAGACGACAGAGUCCACGGUUUCCAGCAAGAAGUUGGAAACCACUUCAGACAGCAGCGGCUCCACUUCAGAUAGUGAAAGUGAGGCUCCAGGGACGAUCAAACCACAAAAGAAGAAGGUCCAAUCCGUGAAGGAGGGGAAAAAGACGCAUCCUCACGUCCAGGGUGCCCCCGCUCAACCGACGCAUCACCCCCAGGCGGCAUCUUUUCAGCCUCAAAUGAAGCAGCACCAGGCCCCCCCUGUGGACUAUAUGGCUCCUCCCGUCGCCGCCCUGGAGUCUUCCCACAUGCUGGAGAACAGCUUCGAGUCCUUGCCGUCGUUCGGCCAGCCCCUCUUGCAUCUUCCCCACCACCACGCGGGGAAUUCCUCGUCCCCUGCGCCGCCUCAGCUUAGCGCCAACCCCGCCGGGCCGGUGUCCCCCGAGACGCACCCUUUCCUCAAUCAACAUCCUAUUCUCCCCUCUCCAGCCUUACACAGUUCCAUGCCUCAGCAGCCGUCUCGACCCAGUCACAAGGCAGCGCCUCUUCAUCCCAAACUCUCCCAGCAGCAGCAGCAGCAGCAUCCGGUGCCUCCCCAGCAGCCGCAAGUGCUGCAGCAGCAACACCCAGCGCAGCAUCCGCCCCAGUCGGCGCCACCUCCGCAUCAGCUUCCCCCGCAGAUCCUUCACCCGCCCCAGCCCAUGCACCAGAGGCCCCUUUCCCCGCCGACGCUGACUCCCCAGGGCCUGCUGUCUUCCCAGCCUCCCCAGGUGCUACUGGAAGACGACGAGGAGGCGGCCUCGGCGCCGCCCCUCAACCAAGUGCAAUUGUACCUGCAGCAGUUCCAACAACAAGCCCGACAGCCCCAACAGUCCAUGCAGUCGCUCCAAGCGCAAGCCCGUCAGCAGCAGCAGCAGCAAGCGGGCCAGUCAUCUCUGCUGCAGUCGGUCCAGGGCCAAGCUCCACUCUCCUCCCAGCCCCCUCAGCUUCCGCUUCAGUCUCAGGCUCCGGUAGCCCCUCCCCAGCCGAUGAGCCGCCACCUGCAGCCGCCGCCUCCGCAGCCGCUCAGCUACCAGCAGGUUUCCACGCUGAUCGCUCAGCCUCAGGGGCCCCCGCACAAGGUGGCCGUGCCCAGCAGUAAAGCACAGCAGACCAUCCAGGCCCCGGAACAGCUAUCCCCUCGGCCGCCCAAGCCGGACCUUUUCAUGGCGGGUCACAUGAGGGAUAACCCAUCUCCUCUUAUGAUGCAUUCCCCACAACUUCCUCAGUACCCGCCUGUGUCCCACCAGUCUCCGCCUCAUAAUAUGCAGCCCAAAAAGCAAAGGGCCCCAGGCAAUCAAGGAGUGCUCAAAGAGGAGAAACUUCCUCCUUCGCCGGUGAUGAGAGGAGAGCCAUUCAACCCCGCCGUAAGGCCCGAACACCACAAGCAUCCCGACAGCAAACCCACUCAACCGACCCUCAGCCAACAGAAUGUGAAGUCCAUGGACAGCUCUCGGCCUGUCAUCCGCUCCUCAGAGCCCAGCGGACCGCCGCCCCCCCUGCAGGACAAGGAAAAGUUCAAGCAGGAGUCCAAGGCACCCACUGCACCCAAAAAGGAUGUGAAACUGAAGAAUAUGGGCUCGUGGGCCAGCCUGGCCCAGAAGUCCACGUCGACGCCGAUGUCGGCCGUCAAGUCGUCGAGCGACAGCUUCGAGCAGUUCCGCCGGGCCGCCCGCGAAAAAGAGGAGCGGGAGAAGGCGCUCAAGGCACAGGCCGAGCAGGCCGAGAAAGAUCGCGUGCGGAGGGAGCAGGACAAACAUCGAAGUCGGGACGACGACGAUAUCCUUGAGACGAGCAGGAGGGCGCACGAGGAGCCGCGCCGACGUCUGGAAGCGCCGCCGACGCAGCAGCACAUGCAAGCGCCCCCUCCGCAGCCCGAGCCUCAGCCGGCCCCCAUCCAGACGCCCCCUCCGCAGCCUCAGCCGCCCCCGCAGCCUCCCACGCCGCCUCAGCCCGCCGCCGUGCAGAGUCCGCUGGACCAGCAGAGGGAUAUGGCGCGACGGCGGGAGCAAGAGCGCAGACGGCGAGAAGCGAUGGCAGCGACGAUCGACAUGAAUUUCCAAAGCGAAUUAAUGGCGAUCUUUGAGGAAAACAUCUUUUGAGGAGGCGACAAAAACCACCACUUGGACGAAACGUGGAAACUUAACUGCAAAAAAAACAACUUUUUUUGUCACGUCGGCACUCUUUGCCUUUUUUUUUUUUUUUUUUGUCCCCUUCAUCCUGCAGGGGGCGGAAAAACGACGACAAUAAUUUGUAGUCCAAGCUCUGAAUACUUACUGACGAGACUGGAGAGUAAGACUGGGGCCCCAUUUUUUUUUUUUUUUGAAUGUUUGUUUGUCGUAUGUGAACACACACAAAAAAAAAAACGGCCUGUCGGGGUUUAUUCCACACUGUAAAUCUAUUUCUCAAUAGAGAAGGUACACUUGGCCUUUACAUAUCUCUCUUUAAAACAAACAAACACGUAAAAGCAGUCAUCCUAUCUACUGUAAAGAAGUAUUUUCUUAUACUAGCGUAACACGCAUUUAUUUCUACUUUUCUUUUAAGGACGCACUCCACGUAAACGUACCCCCACACGUCUAUGCCAAACAAGUUUUUACGCUCUGUCCUACAUCAUGUCAUAGGUAGCUAAGAUUUAAAAACAAAAACAAAAAAAAACAUGAAAUAUAUGCAUUAUGAUAGCUCCAGCAAGUAUUUAAAAUGAUGGUAUGUUUUAAAUCCCUGACAGAAUGCAGUAAUCAGUAAUUGCAAUAGGGGUGGGACAAUAUAUGGAAAAGGUGAUAUAUCGCUAUAUUUUGGAGGUCAAAAGGUUAUCGAUAUGUUCCCCCAAAGAAUCGAUAUACCGUUUUAGAAAGGUGUCAUUGUUUUUUUAUAGGUUGCUAGCAAAAUCUUCCAUUUGAAUAGUGUCUAAAUUGCUGCCAUUGACAUCAACUUCAUUUGAAAUGAAUUGGACGUCUAGUGGCGUCAAUGGCAUUGAAACCAGAGCAUGUCUAGUGGGCAUCUACAGGUCAAUUCCUGUUCAUUUUAGGGCAUUUACAGGUCACUUCCUGUUGAUUUUGAGACACGUCUUGACUCACCUCCUUUUCAGUAACCCAAAAUUAACAGGAAGUGACCUGUAAAUGCCCUAAAGUGAAUACAAAGUGACCUGUAAAUGCCUCAAAAAUCAACAGUGACUCAAACCCAACACUUUCUGGGUCACUUCCUGUUGGGUUUAGGGCAUUUCUGAAUCACUUCCGGUUCUGUGACCCAAAAACAAACAGGAAAUGGGCCAGAAAUGCCCCAAAAUCAACUGGAGGUGACUCAAAUUCAACCGGAAGUCACCUGUAGAUGCCCUAAAGUGAACAGAAAGUGGCCUGUAAAUGCCUCAAAAAUCAACAGUGACUCAAACCCAACACUUUCUGGGUCACCUCCUGUUGGGUUUAGGGCAUUUCUGAAUCACUUCCUGUUCUGUGACCCAAAAACAAACAGGAAAUGGUCCAGAAAUUCCCCAAAUUCAACAGGAAGUGACUCAAACUCUACAGAAAGUGACCUUUAAAUGCCCAGAAAAUCAAUAGGAGAUGACUAAACUCAGGUUUCUGGGUCACCAUGCGUUGAUUAUGGGUGCAUGUAUUGGUCACUUCCUGUUGGUUUUGGGUUACAUAACUAGUUUUGGGUAACAGAACAGGAAGUGACCCAGAAAUGCCCCGAAAUCGACAAGAAGUCACCUGUAGAUGCCCUUUAAUGAACAGAAAGUGGCCUGUAAAUGCUCUGAAAAUCAACAGGAAAUGACUCAACAGUUUCUGGGUUACUUCCUGUUGAUCGGGGGCAUUUACGGGUCGCUUCCUGUUUGGGUUACAGAACAGGAAGUGACCCCAAAAUGCCCCAGAAUCAACAGGAAGUGACUCACAUUCAACAGGGGGUCACCUGUAAAUGCCAUGAAAAUCAACAGGAAUUGACUCAAACUGUUGAUUUUGAGCCCCAUAUUCAACAGGAAGUGACCUGUUAGUGCCCCAAAAUCGACAGGAAGUGGCACAAAAUCAACAGGAAGUCACCUGUAAAUGCCUCAAAAUCAACAGUGACUCAAACCCAACACUUUCCGGGUCACUUCCUGUUGGAUUUAGGGCAUUUCUGAAUCACUUCCUGUUCUGUGACCCAAAAACAAACAGGAUAUUGUCCAGAAAUGCCCCCAAAUCAACAGGAAGUGACUCAAAUUCAACUGGAAGUCACCUGUAGAUGCCCGAAAAUGAACAGAAAGUGGCCUGUAAAUGCCCCGAAAAUCGACAGGAAAUGGCUCAACAGUUUCUGGGUUACUUCCUGUUGAUCGGGAGCAUUUAUGGGUCACUUCCUGUUGAGUUUGGGUUACAAAACUGAGUUUAUGUCACUUCAUGUUGAUUUUGAGCCCCAAAUUCAACAGGAAGUGACCUGUUAAUGCCCCAAAAAUCAACAGGAAGUGACUCAAACUCAAGUUUCUGGAUCACUAUGUGUUGAUUUUGGGGCAUUUAUAGGUCAUUUCCUGUUUAUUUUGGGUUGGUGACCCAGAAAUGCCUCAAAAUUAAGAAGAAGUGACACACAUUCAACCGGAAGUCACCUGUAAAUGCCGCUGAAAUCAACAGGAAGGGACUAAACUCAUGUUUCUGGGUCACUAUCUGUUGAUUUUUGGGGCAUAUAUGGAUUACUUCCUGUUGAUUGGCGGCAUUUCUGGGUCACUUCCUGUUUUGAACCCAAAAUCAAAAGGAAUGCCAUAAAAUCAACAAGAAGUGACAAAACUGUUGUUUGAAUCACUUCCUGUUGAUUUUUGGGGCAUUACGGGUCAUUUCCUUUUAAUUUUGGGUUACAGAAAAGGAAGUGACCAAGAAAUGCCCCUAAAUCAACAGGAAGUGACUGGAAAACGCCCUAAAAUGAACAGAGAGUGGCCUGUAAAUGCCCCGAAAAUCAACAAGAGAUGACUCAAACUCAGUGUCUGGGUUACUUCCUGUUUAUUGGGUGCAUUUACGGGUCACUUCCAAUUCUGUAAUGCAAACUGAACAGGAAGUGACCUGUAAUGCUCCAAAAAUCAACAGGAAGUGACUCAAAGUCAUCUGUAAAUGCUCUAAAAUGAACAGAAAGUGACCUGUAAAUGCCCCGAAAAGAAUAAUAAUAAUAAAGAAAUAUCAGAAAGCCGUUAAAUGACCCCAAUACCAAAUGACUACUUUGCUUUGUUAAACAAUAGACCACUCAAACAAGCAAUCAAGCAGCCUAGGUGUGAAGGGGGGUUUCACUCUGGAUAGCGGCAAUUAGCAUCGUGAAUAUUUGCAAAUCCGGAUUUGUUAACUCCAGAGGGCCAGUUGGCAUGAAACUAAGACUAGCAUCUAGGGCUGCAGCUAUCGAAUAUUUUAGUAGUCGAUUAAUCGAUGGACUAGUUAGUUCGAAUAAUCGAGUAAUCGGAUAAGAAACAUGAAAAAUUCAAAUACAUGAGCUGAGCCUCAAAUGGUAUAUAUAUUUUUUUAAAUGAUCUAUGGACAAGAAAAAAACAAUUGGCUAACUUACAUAGAAAAAGUUCGCUAGCUUAAAUGCUAUAAAAUGCUAGUUUUUUUUUUUACAAUGCUAUUAACAAAUUUUUCAGACACAUUCCCACAAAAAAAACGGUUCAAUAUACCUAUAAACUAAAUAACGAAUGCAAAAAAAAAAAAAAAACAUUAGCUCAAACAAAAACUUACUUUGGUCUUAACAGGGAGCAGUUGGCUCAUUUGUUCAGCCAUGUUAAAAGACGCAGAUCAGAGGGCAGUCUAUCCACCCUAAUUAAUAAAACUGAAUGCAAACACUUUCAAAAUAAACCAUUACAACGCCACUUUAAUUAAACGAAUACUCGAAGCAACAAAAUUUAAUUCGAAUAUUUUUUUUCUAAUCGAAUACUCGAGUUAAAUCAAUUAAUCGUUGCAGCACUACUAGCAUCUAGAACUGUAGCUAAACCAUUUUUGAAAAUUGAGUGUUAGAACAUCUGGGACAAAUCCCAUCAAGCGCCCUUGUCUUGACAAGUCCAACAUUGAGUUGUCAAGGUUCACAGAAUGACCAAAGAACUUUCCACAGCAGCUCAAACAGCUGUUUUGUCACACCAAACUUAAGUAUACAGUACAUACAGUAAAAAGGUUGUCCACCCGAUUGCCUGCCUGAGCGGUCCACUGUCCGACAAAGCCAAGGCAGCCCUGCCCUGCAAACACUCAAGAUGCUAAUUGGAGCAAUCCAGUCGUGUAGUUUUUUGCUAAACUGACACCUUUUUAAAACGAUA